AUGGCGGCCUAUCUCUUUGGACCUGUCCGACAGCAGCAACAGCCACAACCCCAGCCGGCUCCUCCGGUCCCCCCUUUUGGAGCCUGGGCAACAUAUGAGGGGGCCAGGGAGUUUGUGUUCGCGGGUGCUCGCGAAGGGAGGAGGGCACAGCGAGGGCAGGGGCGUGGUGGCAACGCGAGAAAUGGUGGCGUGGACAGCGCAUCCCAACCCGUCAGGAGUGGGUUCCCGGAGGGCAACACGUCCGCGUACGACAGGCGUGGUGGUGGUCUAGCUGGCAGGGGUGGGAUGAACGCACCGGGAAGACGUGCCAGAGCGCACGAGGGUAUUGGAGUCCCAUCAGGGAUUCCUGACGAAGGGGAUGGCGUAGGGGGACGGGUCUUGGCAGGGGAGGUAGAGGAGUGCCCCUUGGGGGCGAUUGUGGAGAGCAGGGGGGUGGCGGACCAGAAUUUACUGGGGUUGGUGAUGGAGGAAGGGGAGUGCCGCUCCGUGGGGCCACCGGGGAGCAGGGGGGUGUCGGUGAAGGACGGUCCGGCAUUGGAGGUGGAGGGAGGGGAGUCCCGCUUGGUGGGGCUCCUGGAGGGAAGGGGGGUGCCGGAGCAGGAUGGUCCGGCAUUGGAGGUGGAGGGAGGGGAGUCCCGCUGGGUGGGGCUCCUGGAGGGCAGGGGGGUGCCGGAGCAGGAUGGUCCGGCAUUGGAGGUGGAGGGAGGGGAGUCCCACUUGGUGUGGCUCCUGGAGGGCAGGGGGGUGCCGGAGCAGGAUGGUCCGGCAUUGGAGGUGGAGGGAGGGGAGUCCCGCUUGGUGGGGCUCCUGGAGGGCAGGGGGGUGCCGGAGCUUGAUGGUCCGGCAUUGGAGGAGGAGGGAGGGGAGUCCCGCUUGGUGGGGCUCCUGGAGGGCAAGGGGGUGCCGGAGCAGGAUGGUCCGGCAUUGGAGGUGGAGGGAGGGGAGUCCCGCUGGGUGGGGCUCUUGGAGGGCAGGGGGGUGCCGGAGCAGGAUGGUCCGGCAUUGGAGGUGGAGGGAGGGGAGUCCCACUGGGUGGGGCUUCUGGAGGGCAGGGGGGUGCCGGAGGAGGUUGGUCCGGCAUUGGAGGUGGAGGCAGGGGAGUCCCACUUGGAGCUGGAGGCGUCCAUUCGUGAGUACCACCCUCACUUGCGUGAUGAGGAGGUAGACCUCAUUGUGGACGGCCGUCUACUACGCAUGGUUCGGGAGCGCACGGCGGAGCAAGCACCUGCGAGCGGCCAGCAAGGAGAAACUGAGUUACAAGCAGAUCACCAGCAAUGCAUCUACUUUCUCGGGCGCUGUCAACACCAUCGUGGCUACAACGGGGGUCAACGGGAAGGAAAGAAAAGGGGAAGGGAGCAAACGGACAAGAAGAAGGAUGGCAAGCGGGAGAAGAAGCGAGCCCCCUUCAAGGGGCGCUGCUACAACUGCAAUGAGGAGUGCCCCAACAAGAAGAAAGAUACAACGCCCGCGGCAGCCGCGAACGUAGCUGAAGGAGACGGGAAGGGCGUGGCGAUCACCGUCGCGUGUUCGGCUGCAAAGUUGCUGGCCGACGACAAGGACUUGUGGUUCCUUGACUCAGGAUGCUCCCAACACAUGACCGGCCGCAAGGAGUGGUUCACGGUGAUCCGUGACCCAUCUGCAACGAAAUCAGUCAAAGGGUUUUAUGGUUCUAUGCAGGAAGUUGCCGGUGUUGGUCUCGCUCUGCCAUGGCCAGACUGCGGGCAGCGAGGCAACAGUCCUGCGCAAGGGCCGGACGAGCCUGCAUGUGAGGAGGAUCCGGUACCAGAGGAUGCCAAGGAGGAUGCAGAUGGGGCGGACGAUGGAGAGGGAGAACCCGGCAUACUUGUGCGCACCGGGUUCUAUCGUAACAGGCACGGAUCAUCCUAUCGCAUUGGAGGGAUCAUGCUGCUGCACUGGGCCCGUCUUUUUGUGGUGAUGCUGCGGUUUGGUAUCUACACAAGCAACGCCACUGAGUCCAUCAACAGCGCUGUCCGCGGCAUCCGCAUGCUGCCACCCACAUGGCUCCUUGCAUCGCUUUGGGAUUGGUCUCGCGACAAGUGGUACGAGAGGCAGGAGAAGGCGCGUUGGAGGGAUGAGUAUCUCACGUUGGCCGCAGCGAAGCGUCUUGAUCAAAAGAAGCUGAGGUACGGUCAGGCACAGGCUGCGGUGGGGGAGGAGGAGGAGGAGGAGGAGGAGGAGGAGGAGGAGGAGGAGGAGGAGGAGGAGGAGGAGGAGGAGGGUGAGGAGGAGGAACCUGCUGCGGGUGAGCAGCGCGGGGAGGACCAAGCUGCCCCCGAAUGA